AGUCUAAUUUCUAUAAACGCGAUCGAUCUGGGGAAGUCUUCCUUCUCCCAUUUCAAUUAGUUCAGGUCAGUCAGUUGGCGAGAUGGGUUCGAUGAUGAAAGCGCUGAUACCGUUGCACAUCAUUUCAGUGUGCUUGGGUAUAACCACCUUCAAGGUGGACUCAAAGGGCUACGGCAAAUCGCGUUGGCGCAAAUACGUCAUUCUCACCGUUAUCUGCUUUUACUUUGUAGCGGCCUCCGUUUCUGCCUAUUUCUUCGCCCUGACCUCUCCGUCGCUGAUCCCGCAAACGUUCCUCCUCGAGUACGUCUUCGGUUAUUUCCAGAUCAUUACCAUCUGGGGUUCGGCCAUUUACUAUCAAGAUUUACACCUCGAACUGAUGGCCGCAUUGAGCGUCGUCGACAAGAGACUCCACAAGUUGGGCAUUUGGUUGUUCUACGCUGAUCUGAAGAAGUACGUGCUGAGGAGGAUCUUGUUUCACGUCGGAGCCAUCAUCGUCAUCAUUUCCUUGCAACUAUACACAGACAGAAACAUGAGAUUCGGUAGCAAAGAGACGAUCUUCUUCAUGGCCCUGUUUUACGUACCGAUAAUCAUUAGCUUCGGCGUCGUCGAAAACAUCGGCAUAUUCAUUAACAUCCUCAAAGAACGUUUCAAGAUUCUCAAUGCUCAAGUUGAAGAAUUGAAGGGCGACAACGUCGGUGAUUCGAAGAAGCUGGAUGUACUUCGUCUCGUUUGUCCGAUACAUUUGGAACUGACGCACCUGGCCAAGGGCAUCUCCAGAUGUUUCGGUUUCACGCUCCUCCUAACUUUCAGCGUCAACUUCAUCACCAUCAUGAUCGGCUGUUACAUCAUCUGCGUUGCGUUUCAGUACCUCAACAGAAACCUGGUGCUGAUUGUCGUCCCGCAAACGCUCUUGGGUAUUGCCACUUAUUUGGUCAACACAUAUUAUCUCUGCUAUUGCGGCCAAUCGGUCGUCAGAGAAUGCAACAGGACAGGCUUACUAUUGCACGCACUGGACUUUGAGGAAAUAAAGGUGAAGGAUCAGAUACAGAUGUUCUCGAUGCAGAUCCUGAAUGAAGACCUGCAGUUCACAGCGGCCGGCUUCUUUUCCGUCGAUUACAGCCUGCUGUUCUCGAUAAUCGGCGGUCUGACCACCUACAUCAUCAUCCUCAUUCAGUUCUCGACGAAUUCGGGCGAGUCCAUAAACCGCUACUAUGAGAACGCUUGAUAAGUUUUUUUUAUUAAAACCAAAAAUACAUUUUCUUCUCAUAGAAAAUAAAA